AUGACCGCCAUCUCGACUCGCUCGUCCGCAUCCGCACCCGCAUCCGCCGACCGCCCAAAGCGCGAGCGCCAGACCCGCCUCCAGGAGCACCUGCGCACCGUCAAGCCGGGCUCGCGCUCGUCGUCGCCCAGCCGCGCCAAGCCCAGUUCGUCAGCAGCAUCGUCGUCUGCCUCCAAGACGGUACCCAAAGCCCUCGCGGCGCUCGACCCGACCAGCGCCGGCGGCCUCGACGACGACGAGUCGUCCUCGAUGUCGGCAUCGACUGCGUCCGGCCGCCCGUUGCGCAAGGCCGCCGCCAAGGUCGUCAUGCACGAGCCGGCCGACCCGGCGAGCGGCGAUGAGAGCGUCGAGGAGCCCAAGCCGGCGCCGACUCGGACGCCGACCAAGCGCCGCUCGCCCGUCGACGACGACGCCGAGGCGCUCGCGCCGUCGAUCAAGUCUGCCGGGCGCAGCAGCACGGGCCGCAAGAUGCCGGCGCAACGGGCCGAGCGCUCGUCGUCGUCGUCGCCGUCGCCCUCGAAGAAGCGCGCGCGCGAGCCGAGCAGCCUCGAGUUCGGGCGCAUGGACGAGGCCGAGGUGCAAGGGCGGCUCGCGCACGAGAAGGCGGAACUGAUGGCGAGGCUCGCACCGCUCGGCAUCAACCCGCAAGACCACGUCCUCGACGAGGCCCUGCGCGCCAUGUCCAAGUCCAACACGCAGUUCACGGUCGAGUCCUUCAUCAGCACGCUCGCCUCGCUCGACGCCAACGUGUCGCCGCGUGCCGCCCAGUCGCAGCGCCCAAACCUGUCCGUCGCCGUCCCGACACCGUCGCAGGCCAAGCACGUCUCGUUCAGCACGCUCGAGUCGCCGUCGACGCCGUCGUCGCUCGUGAGCCCGUCGCUCCGCCACCCGACGCCGCCGCAGGCUUCGGCCGCGCCCGUUGCGGUCCCGGGCCUCUUCUACUCGUCGCCGGCCCCGCCGCACGCCGCACUGCCGUCGCGUGCGCCCAUGAGCGCCGUUCGCCCGGGCCAGCUGCUCGGCGGCUCGCUGUCGAGGUCGUUCUCGGCACCUGUCGUCCCGACCCUCGGCAACCCGCAGCAGGCGCCGCCGAGGGCCGGCCCCGCGCCUUCGGGCAGCCUCUUUGGCGCCGCCGCCGGCAUGGGUCGUGUCGCUACUCGCCGUGGUGCACCCGGCACGCUCGGGCAGCAGCCGCAGACGGCGUCGUCCCCGGUCAAGCGCGCGACGCUCGGCGGCGCAGCCCUGCCCUCGCCCGCACCCGUCAUCGGCGCCGCCCGCAGUGCCGCGCCGUCGAGCAGCCUCCUGCCCGCCUUCGCCCUCGGCGCGCACGCCGCCUCGUCGAGGGCCAACCCCGGCCGCACGGCCACGCUCCCGACGAGCGCCUCGACCAGUCGCCUGUCGAAGCUGCAGUCGUGGCUCGCCCAGGGCGACGACGACGGUACGUCCGAGGACGAGGACGAGGCCAAGAAGCCCGGCGCGACGGCGGCCGGCGCCGAGGCCAUGCUCAAGGCGGCGGCGGCGACGUCCAAGGUCGCCGCUGCCGUCGCUGCGCCGCCGCUCCAGCUCAUCGACGCCCCGCCGAGCGACGACGAGCGCAGCCCGGCCAGGCGGGCGCGAGUCGGUGGCAAGAGCGUGCAGGGCCUGCGCGACCGUCGCAACAGCCGGGACCAGCACGUUCAGCCGCAGCCGGCCCAGGCGCUUGCGCCCGCGCUCGCACAGCAGCAGGUCGCCGGCGACGCGCAGGGCAUGACGACGCGCAGGCGGGCGUCGGUCAAGGGCAAGGGCCGGGCCGUCCUCGAGUGCACGUGCGGCUCGUCGGCCGAGGGCGAGGAGGGCGCCGUCAGCUGCAUCGAGUGCGACGCCGCGUUCCACCUCGCGUGCCUCGACGUCGACUCGGUGUCGCAGCUCGUGUCGCCGUGGACGUGCUCGCGCUGCCUCGUCGCCGCCGCCGGUGGCGUCGAGGCCGGCGAGGAGGGUUGUCGUGCCGCCACGCCCAAGCUCGCCGACAAGCGCGUGCGCAUCGGGACGACCACGACGCCGCACCUGUACCAAGAGCCCACCCUCGUCGCCUCGACACCCGUCGCCCCGCCGCGCGGCAACAACUUCUCGCACUGCGCCGACAUGGCCCUCGCGCCCUCGCCGACCGCCUCGCCCCCCGGUCCCGAGCGCCGUCGGCUCCCGAUCCCGGUCACGCCGCACUUUGGCGAGGCGGCGAUCCAGCGCGCGCCGGGCGACUACUCGCCGACGUCGCCGCAGAACUACCGCACGCGCGCCGGGCGCACCCGCAUGAUCAGCGGCGGCGCGUUUCUCAACGGCGAGUGGCUCAACAGCAGCUGGGAUUCGCCCGGCGCGCCGACCGACGCCGAGCCGCCUCGCGGCGCGCGCGAGACGACGCCGGUCCAGUCGGGCGGGCUCUCGUCGCUCGUCGACGGCGACGUCGUCGACCCGUGGCAGCUGCCCGCCUGGAGCGACGUGACGAUGACGCCCUCCCGAGCGCUCACGUCGUCGGCAACGCCCGGCCUCUCGUCGUCGUCGGCAUCGUCGUCCGUCUGGGACACGCCGUUCGGCCACGCCUCGCCGCACGCUCACCUGCGCCGCGCCAACUCGUCGUACCACGCUCCGACCCUCGGCGGCGACUCGUCGCGCACGCCCUCGCACGACUUCCUCGCCGCGCUCGAGCGCGACCCGGCCGAGCAUUCGGCGCCCGGCGCCGGCCACACGUUCGGCCAGCGCCUGUUCUACGGCGCGCACGAGCAGUUGCACGACCACGAGCCGUACGAGGUCCAGGCGCAGGCCUUGUCCUCGUCGCCGCAGCGUGCGCCGUCGCCGCUCAACCCUCGUCGCGUGCCCUCGUACGGCUACGCCCCGCCGCCGCAGCACGUCCACCCGCACCAUCUCGGCGAGCAGCAGCAGCAGCACCAGGCGUACAAGCAGCCGUCGCUCGGCGACGGGCUCGCCAACCCGUGGAGCAACAACAGCCUCGGCGGCGCGCUCGCGCACGAGCGCACGGCCCUCUCGGCGUCGAUGAAGCCGUCGUUCUCGGCGCCGGGCGUCGCGCGCUUCUCGCACCAGCUCGGGCACCACUACGGCGGCCAUGAGGCUGUCGAGCAGCAGAUGCUCGACGACCUCCUCGUCUGAACCUUCUUCUUCCCUCGCGCACAAAAUGUCCAUGCCCUCCCUUCGCUUUACUCGCACGCGUUCUCCUUUCCUUGUCACUAGCCUUCCUGCCUCCCUCUCUCGAGUUUCUGGGUUGCCCUGUCAGAGGCGCUUAACGUCGUCGUCCCUCCCCCCUCCGUGUCUGUCGCCUUCUCUCUCGCUCUCUCCCCUCUCCCCCUUGUCCGCUUAGGUUUCCCCUGCGUAGUCUCUUUCCACAGUCUCGCUCUGCAACGCCUCGUGCAGGGCCGUC